AUGAAAUUUAUUAAAAAAACUGCAACUGAUUGUACAAAUGAAAGCGCCGUAAAAGCAUCGUUCAUAGUUUCUUUACUAAUUGGGAAAUCAGGGAAACCUCACACGAUCGCUGAGGACUUGAUAUUACCUGCUGCGAAAGCUAUGGUUUCUGAAAUGAUCGGCGAAGAAGCUGCAAAUAGCUUAAAUAAAAUUGCAUUGUCAAAUGAUACAAUAAAAAAGCGAAUUGAUCGUUUAUCAGGAAAUAUUAAAGAACAGUUGUUGAAAAGAAUUAAUAAAAGUGACUACUUUAGCCUCCAACUUGAUGAAAGUACCGAUAUAACUAAUAAAUCAGUAUUACUGUGUUAUGUAAGAUACGAAUACGAUAAUGUCAUUUCCGAAGACAUUUUAUUCGUAACCACUGUGGUACACACCACGGCAGAGGAAAUAUUUUGUAAAAUUAAUGAAUUUAUUAUAGCGAAUGAAAUUGAAUGGACUAAAUGUGUAGGAGUUAGUACUGAUGGGACUCGAGCAAUGUCAGGAAAAUUUACUGGAUUAAUUGCACGGAUUAGAAAUAUCAUACCAUCAGUCACAUGA